GCUUGACAGUAGCUCCACCGCCUGUCAUUCGCCCUCUGAGGACGCUAACGAAAGUUAGCUGUUAGCUAGCAGUGCGAAGAAGUCCACGGCAAGGAUAACAAACGUCUGUGUACAGUCUGAGAUGCCUGGUGCUAGUCCAUGGGUGUGAGCCGACUGGAUGUAUUUUACAGAAGGCUGCUCCUCACCAAACUCUUCAUUGGGGGAUGGGGGAAGCCUGAAGACCUCAAGAGAAUAUUUGAAUUUCGUAAGAUCAUUGGAGACAGAGAGAGGUGCAGGUAUCUGGUGCCAAAGGACUAUCCAGUCUACAUAAACAAGACAGAGGAGCACACUGACUGUAAGAUCCACGAAGGAUUCUUUAUCUCUCCCCUGGAGCACUUGGUUCCUGGAAUCCUUCCACCAGAGGCUGUCAAAGCCAGGUUCCAGUUUAUAGUUCCCAAGAGGUGGCAGAAGAACAGACCAGUAUGUGUCCACCUGGCAGGGACUGGAGACCAUUUUUUCUGGCGUCGGCGGACCCUAAUGGCCAGGCCCAUGGUCAAAGAGGCAGGGAUGGCUUCACUGCUGCUGGAGAACCCUUAUUAUGGCUAUCGUAAACCCAAAGACCAGCUGCGGUCCUGUCUAAAGAAUGUGUCAGACCUAUUUGUGAUGGGAGGGGCUUUGAUCCUGGAGUCAACAGUGCUUCUCCGAUGGCUGGAGAGAGAAGGUUACUGGCCACUGGGAAUGACUGGCAUCUCCAUGGGAGGAUAUAUGGCAUCCCUGGCAGUGACUAACUGGCCAAAGCCCAUCCCUCUGAUUCCGUGUUUAUCCUGGUCCACAGCCUCCAGUGUCUUCACCACGGGUGUGCUGAGUAAAGCAGUGAACUGGACAGAGCUGGAGAAACAGUAUGCCAUUAACUCAGUAUAUGAAGAGGAGAUCAUUAAGCUGCUGGAAUACUGUGGGGCUGAUUCCUUUAAGAUGGGUCCAGAGUUUUCGAAGAAUGUGGACCCUUUAGAGCAUCUGUUGGGCCUGUCUGGAGAUGACAGAGCAUCAGUGGCUCAGAAUUCCAAAGCUGGAGGGGAAGCCGAGGCUGAACGAGGCCUGUUGAUUGGUGGAAGCCCUGAGGGGGGCAGGGCUAGAGUAGACCAAUUGCUAUCAUCUGUGAACAGCAGUGGAAUGAGCUUGGACACUCUACCAAGAAGCCUUCAUGCGAACAGCACACUGUGUGAGAAGAAGACGGAUUCAGCCAAAUUCUAUCGGCCUUCAUUACAUAAAGAGUCUAUAAGCUUCAUGAAGGGAGUAAUGGACGAAUGCACACACAUGGCCAACUUCUCUGUCCCUGUAGACACCAGUCUCAUUAUCGUGGUCCAGGCCAAAGAGGAUGCCUAUAUCCCUCGUACAGGGGUCCUCAGUCUGCAAGAGAUCUGGCCAGGAUGUGAAGUCAGAUAUCUGAAUGGAGGACACGUCAGUGCAUACCUGUUUAAACAGAACGUCUUCAGACAGGCCAUAUAUGAUACAUUCGACAGAUUCUGCCUGAAGUAUCCCAACCUGCACUAGCCAUGGCAGGCUGAAGCCCUUUCCUCCCUGCCCUCUAACAGCACCAGGAUCAGUGGCUCUGGACAUUGGAAAAAAAAUGUGCCUGUUAAUAGAUCAGAAGCUUUGAUUUUUAAUUCUUUACAUUUUCUACCAAUAGAAAGAGAAGGGUGUGUGCCCUGGUACACCCCCCAAAAAAUAGUGACUAAAACUGUAUAAGUGUCACAAAUGUUGUGGGAUGUUCCUGCCAGUAUGUGGUUGUCAAACCAACACUCAGGCCUCUAACCUCACUCUGGUAAACUGGUGUUUACAGACAAGAAGCCUGUGGCAGUGUCCUGUUUUCACUGGUCCACACCACCACCACACUGGAUGUGUCCUUGCUGAUGUGGCUGUGUUAACAGUAUUUCACCUGGAGAAACUCUGGAUUGGAAAUACAGACACACCCUGUAAUAAUAUAAUACUGAUAUCAUAUGAGAAAAAUAUUAACUCACUGUUGCGUGACUACUGUAGAAAGUUCAUUACUACAGUUAAUCUUAAAUUACAAGAAGAAAGUAAGAGGUAUAAAUACAACACCAGGGUUCAACAUUGUUUUUUUUUUCACUUGUAUCGCUAAUAAAUGAAACAAUUUGUAUAGGGGCAAGUAAGAAUUGACUUGAGGUAGGUAGAUUUCUGACCUACUUGCCUGAAAUCAAUCUUUACUUGCCCCUUUAUAAAUUGUUUAAUUUAUUAUCGUUUAUCAAAUAACAACAAAGACUAAAGUUAAUUGUCAUAUUUAGUCUUUAUUUAAUUAAACUCCUGUUUCCAGAAAAAUAGAAAUGCUCACUUGCGCUUCAGUUCAUAAACUUUGUCUGUACCCGCCGACAUUUUUUCAUGAUUUUCCUCACUAGUACUGUGCACGUGCAACUCUCAGCAGACACAAGAAAGAAGGAGAUGGUUCACUCCUGAGCUACUUAAAUCAUCAGAUCUGGAAAAAAAAGAAAAACAUUCUGAUGGCAAGGUAAAGCAGUGAAAAUAUUAUAAAUACAGCAUACACAUAAUCUUACGUUGAUUCUUUUCUAGGCCUUUUUUAGGUGGCUAAAAACGAACUCAUUGAAGCAGUGUUUGCUCAGCACUGUUUGAUUUUAUGUACAUGAUGUGAGGAUUUUUUACCCGGAAGUUAUUGUAAAUUAACACUGUGAUUUGGUCUAUAGUCUUUUUCAUUGUUUGUGGCGGAGUCAGCCAUUCAAGAUUAAAAUGACCUGCCUGCACACAAUCACAGAAACAAUGCAGCAUGUCAUUGAUUUGAUUGAUAUCAGCCUCACUGUUUACUGUUCAUCCUCCAACAGAGCUGCUAGAGCUGUGUUAAGUUACUGCUAAUGCUAACACAGCAUUACCUACUGCCACUGAAAACUAAAUGUUCUGAGAGCAGCAGGUGUAGACACAGAGAGGUUAGAAACAUACAGUUGCCAACAAUCUGUGUGAAGAGAAACCUUCUGUUCAAUGCUAUUUCUGGUUAAACCAGUUAUGUUAGGAUCUUUGCGGAGUGCUAUCACGAGCGCCUCAGUGACUACAGUGAACAACAGUGGAGGGAAGUUUUCCAAGUGGGUAUUGUUGGUUCUGACUGAAGCCAUGGGAGAAAUUAGGAGCAAUUUAGCAAAGACAAGUUUUUCUAAUGUAUUUCUCUCUAUUAAAAAAGAAAAAAGAGAGAGAGAGAGAUCUGAGAUAUGAAAAACAGGCUGCACACCCCCAAGUUUACAAACUACUGUGGUUUGUGCAGCAUGAAAUCAGAUUGCAGUUGCUCAUGGUAUGAUGUAAAAAGGGCAGUUAUCAGGAGUUAUUUUGGCUGCACUGUAAACAGAUUAGGGUUGCAGUGAUAUACCGGGUUUCAAGGUAGCCUAUACCUUGAUAUAAAAGUUGAUGAUUAUCAUACCAGGUGCAUUUGCUUUAUUUACAACAUAGAAAAAAAUUGAACUGGACGUUGAAUCCCCCCUUUAUUGUAGUUAUUUUUAAAGGGGAGACUUUUUACAAAUAUUUCCAGCAACAAAAUGGUUUCAAAUUUCUAUUAUAUUAAUAUAUACAACAGUUAGUUCCGACCGAGUAAUUUGAUUGGACGAGAGGCAUUCCGUGAGUGCUGAUAUAGAGUAUAACAUCACUGGGACAUGUAACAGUAAAAUCACUCCGCUCACAGGUGUUAUAAAUAUAGAUACAACCGUUAAAGGGCAACUUCUGUAUUUUUCAACCUGGGCUCUAUUUCCCCAUG